AUUUAGUACCAAGAGAUUCCAAAUUGAUGGAACUGCUUUUAAAAACUGCAGGAGUUGAUGAAUAUGAACCUAAAUGUGCUCAACAAUUAUUAGAAUUUGCUCAUAAUGUAGAUGAUAUUAAGCUUGCCAUACAUGGUCGUAUAAAUCAUUCAUUCACAUUCCCACCUAGACAAGAGUUUUUAGUUCAACUUGCAAAUGAAAGAAAUGAUGUACCUUUACCACAUGUACCAGUAAAAUAUGGAUUAAGAUUACCACCAGAUAGACAUUGUUUAACUUCUUCCACUUUUGAUAAUAAUAAAACUAAUAUUUAUAGUAGUGCUAAUAGUAAUCUUGAUUCAUCUUUAGUAGAUGAAGAUUAUGAUAUGCCAGAAAUAAAAUUUCAAGAAAAUUUAAAUUUAUCGCAGCAAACAUAUGAACAAUUAAAUAAUAAAAUAUUUCUAUUAACUGACCAAAUUGGCCCUGAAAUGCUUUUUGUAAGUCCACAACUAUCAGGCGGUAGACCAAAAUUAGAAGUUUCUGAAAAUGCAAUAAUUUUAUUAUGUUCAGAAGGAUUCUCUUUGGUUGAUAUUGCCAAUAUCUUUGGAACAAGCAUUACAACAUUAUAUAGAAAGAUGACAUGA